GAUUUUAAGCUCGAGUUUGGCCAUCAUCAAGGCAGGACAAGUUCUGUCUGGUAUGGAGGUACAGCUACCAUUGUUCAGAGCCCUGGAGACGAAGUAUGGGGAAUAGUGUGGAAAAUGAACGCUAGCAAUUUAAGUUCACUGGAUAAGCAAGAGGGAGUUGAAGAUGGCAUUUAUGUCCCAAUAGAAGUUACUGUCCACACUCAAGCCGGAGAGGUACUGACCUGUCGAAGCUACCAGAUGAAGGACUAUGUCUGUGGUCCCCCUUCUCCUCAGUAUAAAAAGGUUAUCUGCAUGGGUGCAAAACAGAACGGCUUGCCAACUGACUAUCAGAAGACAUUAGAAGCUAUUGAAACCAAUAACUAUGCAGGGCCGGUGCGAAUCAUGGAAGAGAUUGAAGCUGCUAUUAAAGCAGAGAAAAUAAAAUCUGCGUAGAAUACCUCUGCACUUGCUUGGCCGUUCACCUUGAUUUAGAUACCUCUCCUCACUAUGCUGAUCAGCAGUUUCUCUAUUUAUCAAGAAAAGAUGAGUUUGCUGUGCAUCUACAGUAAGCCAUUAGACUUAAUUUGCAGUCUGAAGAUACACUGACAUUGGUAACUUCCUUGCUUUGUAUGUAUAGCUUGAGUACAUGCUGAAGUUUUUGCAGAUUUAGAAAUGAUCUUUUUGUAAUUGUCAUGCAGUGCUGCAUGCAAAUUUGUGUUUCGUGUCCUGUUUACUGACCUUUUUAAAGGAAAAAGGCCAUCUUGAUGAGUAUUGGCAUCUGUUACCUUCUGAGGAAUAAGGGCUGCAGGAUCAGGCCCUUUGUUCUUAAAUGUUGUAUACACAAAUACCACGAAUUUCAAAGAUUUGUUAGAUGCAAAGUAGACUCAAAACAAGACUAAACUUUUUCCUCUGCUGCUUCUCGUAAUAACUUAAAGCCCAACCUCUGAAGCUAUGGCCUUCCUGUUUCUGUUUAUAUAGUUAACAUAGAAAGAAAAGUAGUAU